CCUGAACUCCCCACAUCCCCCAUCCAGCCCCAGGCCAUCACUCAUCAUCGCUCACUCCACCGCAUGUCCAGUCCACGCUCCAGCCCUCGCGGGCCGCCCCGCACCCCCACCAGCCCGCACAACGGCAACGGUGCGAACGGCCACCACUCGCCCAGCGCCGCCGGGGAGGGGUACACGAGCCUGCGCGAUCUUGUGCCGCCCCACAGUCCCGUGUCACCGCGUCGCGCGACACGCGACUGGAACUUCGCGCGAGGCGUCGAAGAGGAUCUCGAGGAGCGCGAGCACAGCAGAUGGGAGCCGCUACCCGAGGCUAAGGAGCACCGCCGCCUGAGUCUAUGGCGCCUCAUCGCACUCACCGUCUCCAUGGGUGGGAGCCAAAUCGCGUGGACUGUCGAGCUUGGGUACGGCACUCCUUACCUUCUCGAGCUGGGGUUGAGUGAGGAUCUCACGUCACUCGUGUGGCUGGCAGGUCCUAUCUCUGGUCUCGUCGUCCAGCCCCUCAUUGGCGCCAUCUCAGACUCGUCCACUUCACGAUACCGCCGCCGAUACUGGAUUGUUGCAAGCACAAUCUUGCUCGUCAUCUCGACCCUCGGACUUGCUUUCACCGAACCAGUCGCCAAAGCCAUCGUAGACGUCUUCGGCGGCGGGCAGGGAGACUGGGAUCCCAAGCACCGGCGUCUCGUGCAGCUCACUGCUAUCAGCAUCGCCGUCUUCUGCUUCUACUGUCUCGACUUCGCGCUAAAUGGUCUCCAAGCUUCUCUCCGCAACCUCGUGUUUGAUGUGACGCCCGCAGAGCAGAUUAACACGGCCAACGCCCUCCACGGGCGCUUCCUUCAUCUGGGAAGCAUCGUCGGAUUCGCGUUGGGCUACAUCAGACUCGACUCGGUUCCGCUCAUCCGACUGAUCGGCGGCGAGCAGUUCCGCAAGCUCUGCAUUGUAGCCAUGACCCUCCUCGUUGUGACCGUGUGGAUUACCUGCUUCACAACACAGGAGGACCCACGGCCGUCUCUCGUGCCCAACACGAAUCGCAGCCGAUUGCGCGACAUGCUGCAAACAAUCAACGAGGCUCUCAAGACACUGCCCAAGCCGGUCCGCCGCAUCUGCAUGGUUCAGUUCGCCGCGUAUGGUGGCUGGUUUGGCUUCCUGUUCUACUCGACUACAUACAUGCAGGAGGUCAUCAGCCACGAGCAGCAGCGCGACGCGGAUCGAGGCGAAGCAACUCGUGCUGGGUCUUUCGCCAUGUUGCUGUACUCCUUCGUCGCUAUUAUCGCGGGCACACUGCUGCCUUAUUUUUCGCAGCGCGACCCUAGGCUCCUCCCAGAUGACGACGAGAGUGAGGCUGAAGUGGAAGCAGAAGCAGCCCGCAUCCGUCACACCGUGGACUCGUGGCGCCAAGACGCUCAUCGCCGAGGUCGCCAACUUAAGCUGCCGCGGAUGCCAUUCAUGCUCCGCGACGUGUGGACAUGUGGGCUCCUCGGCUUCUUCGUCCUCAUGAUGUCGACGUUUUUCAUCAGCACCAAGAAGCAGGCGACAGUCAUGAUCGCACUCGUCGGCAUUUGCUGGGCGAUCGCUAUGUGGGUGCCGUUCGCGAUGCUCAUGGAGUUCCUCCGUGAGAUCGACGCGGAACACGACAAGGGCGAUGAUCGCGGCGCAUCUCGCGGUAGCCCACGCGCCUCCUCAGUCUCACCAACACGCCGGCGUUCCUCUUCACCGACCGACGAACGGCGCCACCUCCUCGCCGACCGCCCAUCACCCAUGCGCACGUAUUCGGCCUCGGACCUCGAGACGGCCGGCAUGGAGUAUCCCCAGCACGGGCCCGUCGCAGGCGGCACGAUUAUGGGCAUCCACAAUUUGGCUAUUGUCUUCCCGCAGUUUGUCAUCGCUAUUGUCGCCAGCAUGAUCUUCAGGAUCGUCGACGGUGACACCAUGCCGAAUCGCAUGGUUCCAGUGCCACCUGAGGAGUUCCAUGAACGCACAGGAGUGUCCUGGGUGCUCCGAUUCGGCGGGGUUGUGGCGCUUGUCGGUGCAAUCAUGUGCCGUGGCGUGCCGCCCACCAAUACCGAGAAGGCCAUGAGGCGGCGGCUGGCGGAGAUGCGGCAGGAGGUAGAAGGAGGGGAGUAGUGACAAUCGACAUGAAUGGGUAUGUACAUUCGCGUCCCAUGUUUUCAGUAGAGCCAUGCACAGAGUUGUUUUCAGGG